GCAGUGCAACUUUUCCGCAUUGAGCUCCUUCACGCUUCCUCAUUGACAGCGCCUAAAGGAAGAAAGCAGCGUUCCCCUGUUUCAUUUGCAGUUUUAUACCGCUUUUACGUACUAUUGACAUCUUAAAUAACUCGGAAGACUUCUUUAAAAGUCUUGGAAAGUUCAGAAAUGUCAAAGCCUCCCCCCAAACCAGCUAAACCAGGUCAGGUCAAGGUGUUCAGGGCUUUAUUCACCUUUGACCCAAGGACGCCAGAUGAACUGUACUUUGAGGAAGGUGACAUUCUGUACAUCUCAGAUACCAGUGACAGUAACUGGUGGAAAGGGACAUGCAAGGGAAGGACUGGUCUUAUUCCCAGUAAUUACGUGGCUGAACAAGCCGAGUCCAUAGACAACCCCAUGCAUGAAGCAGCCAAGCGAGGCAAUCUGAGCUGGCUCAGAGAGUGUUUGGAUAAUAAGGUUGGCAUCAACGGACUGGACAAAGCAGGGAACACCCCUCUCUACUGGGCCUGUCACGGAGGGCAUAAAGAUGUGGUGGAGAUUCUGCUGAGUCAGCCGAACUGUGAGCUCAAUCAGCAGAAUAAACUGGGAGACACGGCUCUACACGCAGCUGCCUGGAAGGGUUAUUCAGAUAUAGUUGAGAUGUUGCUCAAUAAAAAUGCCGGUACAGAUGUCCUCAACAACGAGAAAAAGACAGCUCUGGAAAUGGCCACCAAUGCACAAUGUGCCUCUCUGCUGAAGAGGAAACUGGGAGGAGUGAUUCUGCGCACCCACAGUAAUGCAGAGGAGUAUCUCGACGAUGAAGACUCCGACUGAGAGAAAAGCAGCACUAAUGAAGCACAAACCAUCACAUGUAUAUAGUUCAGAUAUCUGUGCGAGAAACAUUACUUACAAAGGUUGGGAGGAUAUGAAAGCUGUUUGCCGUUGUCUGAUUGUCUCAACUUUCUUCUUUAUUCCAGUUCAUUGUUAAAAGUAUUGCAGUACUUGUCUGUUCAGUACACAUUUAGGAUGGACACAGUGAACAUUUGUUCUUCUAUUUGCUGCUCCUCUCUUAACUGUAUUUAUUCUGUAGAACUGUCUUUAUGAUUUUAAAGUGCCUUCUUUAAUAGGGAGAUCGCCCAGAACAUCUCAAAGCCCUGGGUCUUUUUAUUCUAAUAGUUUUAUGCACGUACAUGCGUGUG